AUGGAUUCUCGUGAGAGUUCUGUCGAAACUGCUGAUAGCAGCGACUACGUCAAGGCCAUGAUGAGGUUGGAAAAGAUCUGUAAAUACUCAGAACGACACUAUCGUAACCUUCGCUCGGUGGAGUCGCCUUUGAAAAGGCAAGAUGAAAAUUUCAAGCGUGAUCAGGCCAAACUCAACGACCUGAACCUGGAGUUUAGGGAAGUCGCCUCGGACCACAAACUACCAGACGGCAUAACAGAGGACGCCAAGCCAGAUUGGCUAAUGGACCAGGUUCUUGCGAUACAGCAACUCAAGAAGCGAAUAGAGAUGGGUCCCGAUCGAGAGAGUGUCGAAAAUGAGGAGGCCGAAUACCAGGCACAUUGUCGAUCGGAAGAGAGAUUAUACUUCUUUGCCCUGUUGAAACUUUUUGGGGACCGCGGCCGAGCGUGGACGAUGGAGUUUUACGGCCUGAACGACCGCAUCACCGCGACAGACAUGGCGACACCACGAUCUAUGGCGUCCACUCCUUCUCCUGGGAACGAUGAAGCCGGUGACGAGUGGGAUGUUCCAGACGACAGAGAGGAUCCAACGCCUCUCACUCCACACCCGAGAACUCACUUGGAUAAACGUGCCGCCGCUCGCAAGAGGAGGAUCACCAAGUCAGCCGAAAGACCCGGACAACAGAAACGACCCCGUCACAACAGCACCCGGGGCUCCCUGGCCGGUGACCGAACCAUCGAGUUUGACCAAGUGUUUCAGGACGGCAAGACUCGAACCAAGUACAGAAUUGCCCGAUACCCACCACGAAACGGCGCUUGGUAUAUCUUGGAAUGCAGACAACACGACAAACAUUUCCCCAAGGACCCUGUCCACGGUGCUGCAAAGCACUUGGACUCUCCCGCCCAUCAGCAUAUGGGGAGAGGCCAUGAGCAAGCAGUCCGGGAACUCGGGAUACGCGUGCUGGGCUGCAAUGAAGUACUAGCUGCCAGAAACAACGCCGUGUUCGACCGAGCCUCGGUCAAAGAUGCUCGGAACCCUGAUGGAAGGAGACUACCAAGCAGUGGAGCCCGCAAAAGUCACUUCAGAAUACCCCAGCCCCGAAAUAUUGACAAAAUCAUGAAAGAAAUAAACCCAGGAGACGUAUGCGUCACUCGUUGGCAGAACCACAGAGGACUUUAUCCCAUCUACAUACUUCCACUCGGGAAAUCUCUGCGAAUGAGGUUCAUGCAGAGCGCUAUCUUGGAGACCGACCUGGUCAACCAAUUGCCCUCAUGUUUUGAAUUCGACCCAGAGACGGACGAGAUACCUCGAUGGGCUCCAGGGUUCGAAGAUGGUGGUAACAAAGUACACCAAAGACUAUACCCAGUCAUGUUCUUCAGAAGUUCGAGGUUCCCACAAGGAAACGAGAUUUCUUUUGUUCCUGGUAGUCACAUGAAGCCCUACGACAAGAACGAUCCCACUAUUCGAUACAGAGACCAGGUUGAGGACUUUCUAACCAGGCGUCACAACCCUACUCCACCGCCUGAGGCGGCGAGUCGAAGUACCAGCCCCACCAGUUCGAGUACCCCCAGCAGUGAUGAUGCAAUUCGAGAGAAUGCGACACCGAGACAGCGCCUCUCUCCACACCCAGAGAUUCAACGUCUUCUGGAGUGGUCGAGUGCCGACUUUGGGGAGCAUGCUGUUGUUGAGCAGCAUGAGACUGAUGAACAUGACGACUACCCUCACGAUCCACGCACUGCUGACGCAGACGACGAGGAAGAGGAGGGCGUGGGAAAUAGCACGUACCACUUUCGCGAUCGGAGGCGGAGGCGGAGAUUUAAUGAUAGAGAGACUGAGGAGGAGGCGACAGAGUCGGAAGAGGAGGAGGAUGAUGGGAUAAGAGGGGAUGAGGAAGAUGAGGACAUCUACGGGGACGACACUCUCGGGCGACCGUUGGCUAAUCGUUCCCGGGAUACAUCCAACACGCCUGCAAGCAACGCAAGCGAUAUUCCCAACAUCCGAUUCCCAACGAUCAACGAGUUUUGGCGACAGCAGAGUCGAGAGCGAACGGCCGAGUCGGAUAAGCAAAGCUCAUACAGCGAGCUGUUUCCUGUAGGCUUGCAGAUGAGCUAG